UCAGAAAACAGUUUUGUCGUUUUUGCCACGUCAUCAAAAAUACCGUGUGCUCGCCACCCCCUGGAAUCCAACGAAGCCGUUGGUUGCCGCCACCAUUUUUUCAUCUUUCGAAUUCAUAUAAAGUCUUCUCAAGCUCAAAAAUGCGAUGCUCAUUUUCGGUAGAAAAAGCUACGCAGAUGUGCAAGUCAACAGAAUGUCAGGGUUCUUAUAGAGAUCAAGAUCGUCUCAAAGUCAAAUCUUUCUUUAUCAGGUUGUCGAAGUUGCAAGUGAAUGAGCAGUUACCUCAAUCUCUCACUCUCGUUUAUCUCCCGCGCAACAACGAAACCGCUCUCGAAAUAUCAGGGAAAAAUGUUCGACCCGAUUCGACGGCGUUUGUCUUGCUCCAUCGGAAUAUAACAGUGAAAAGCGGUGGAGAGGCUAUUUACGGGAGUAGAGAGCCGGUUGUGGCUAGCGAGGGCGUUACGAUUGAGGUUUACUUGAGAGAAGAGAAGAUCUUGAAAGGAACUUUUAGAAAAGAUGAUGAGGAAGAGUGGAAACUAGACUGUAAAAGCGCGCUGGAGAGGGAGAUGAACUUGGUGGAUCAUGACGUGGCGGUGGCUGAUGUUUAUGUGGGGCUGGAAGGAAACGUGGCGGUGAUUGAUAGGGUGGAGAUGGUGGUGAAGAGGAAGAGGAAUGGAAGAAGGUGCGGUGGUAAGGGGAUAGCGUUGGCGCAGAUACCGGAGGAAAGAGAGGUGGGUAUUGAUGAGUUUAAAUCGGACGGCUGUCGUUGUUGUUCUUGUGGGGCGGAAGACCAUGAAUCAGACGGUGGAGAUUUAGAAGAGAUAAAAUUUGAAGGAGUAAGCUGGGCCGUUGAUGUGGGAAUAUGGGUCAUGUGCUUGGGCGUUGGCUACUUGGUUUCUAAAGCUUCCGCCAAGAACUUAAGACGCAAAAGAAUUUUUUGAAGAGCUGCCACUUUUUUAUCUGUUUUUGACUAAUUGUUGUAAAAUAUUUAUUUUUGCAAUGAUAUUAAUGAGUUAUACUGACA